AUGCGGCCCUGCUGGACCCGGCUGAGGCUCUUGCUGACCCUGGCCCUGGCCUUGGUCCUGGAGCGCCAGGGCCACUUCAUGGCUCCCAUCUAUGUCAACAGUUGGGCGGUGUUGCUGCCUGGGGGCAGGCAGGAGGCGGAGCGCUUAGCCCUCAAGUUCGGCUUUAUCAACUUGGGGCAGGUCAUCCAAGGCCGGCAUUAUUACCACUUCCAGCACCGGGGGGUGGCUUCGAGAGCUCUCAGCCAGCAUUGGGGGCACAGCCUGAGGCUGAAGAAAGACCCUAAGCUUUUCAACUUCUUUUUGGGUGUGAGGAUGCUCGAUGGUUCCAUCACGGACAUUGUAGAGGCCCAGUCCCUGAGCCUCCAACCUCAACACAUCCAAAUCUAUAGUGCCAGCUGGGGUCCAGAGGACGACGGGCGCACAGUGGAUGGUCCUGGCUUGCUGACUCAAGAGGCCUUCUUCGAGGGGGUCAACACUGGUCGCAGCAACCUGGGCACACUCUUCGUGUGGGCCUCGGGCAACGGCGGCCUCCACUUUGACAACUGCAAUUGUGAUGGCUACACCAACAGCAUCCACACGCUGUCGGUGGGCAGCACGACCCAGCACGGUCUCGUCCCCUGGUACAGUGAGGCCUGCGCCUCCACCCUCACCACCACCUUCAGCAGCGGCCUCACCAACGAGAAGCAGAUCGUGACCACAGACCUGCACUACGAGUGCACAGAUAAGCACACGGGAACCUCGGCCUCUGCCCCACUGGCUGCUGGCAUGAUCGCCCUCGCCCUGGAGGCCAACCCCUUCCUCACCUGGCGGGACAUGCAGCAUCUAGUGGUGAGAGCAUCCAGGCCGGCCCAACUGCAGGCGGAGGACUGGGCCACCAAUGGCGUGGGGCGCAAAGUAAGCCACCAUUAUGGCUAUGGGUUGCUGGAUGGUGCCCUUCUGGUGGAUUUGGCCAAGAAGUGGACCAUGACCCGGCCCCAGCUGAAAUGUUCUGUCAAGGUCAUCCACACGUCCAUUCCCAUUAAACCAAAGACGGGGGUGAGCCACAAUGUGUCAGCCUGUCAAAGGGAAGUCUCUCAGAUCCGCUCGCUGGAGCACGUCCAGGUCCAGCUGUCACUCACCUACAGUCGACGAGGGGACCUGGAGAUCACACUCACCAGCCCCAGGGGCACACGCUCCACCCUGGUGGCAGUCAGGCCCUUUGACGCCAGCAACCAGGGGUACAAGGACUGGAUCUUCAUGUCCACGCACUUCUGGGACGAGAACCCGCAGGGCACUUGGACGCUGGAGCUAGAGAACAAAGGCUACUAUUAUAACUUCGGGAGCCUCCAGAGCUACACUCUGAUUCUGUACGGGACCGAGGAGAAUAUGACGUCCCGAAAUCUGAACACGGAGGUGACCAGCGACUGCUUGCGGCAGGACACCAACGGCCUGUGCCAAGAGUGCAUCCAUCCCUACUACAUCCUGGGCCAUCUCUGCCUUUCUUAUUGCCCUCCCGGCUAUUUCAACUGGACUCGCUUCUCGACCCCCGAAGCUGGGCACCCAGCCACCAAGGUCCAGAUGUGUGCCAGCUGCCACCCUUCCUGCUAUACGUGCCAAGGCCACUCGCCCCACUCGUGCACGGGCUGCCGGCUGCACUACGCUCUGAACAGGCAGACGCACGCGUGCUCGCCGCUGCCCACCGCCUCCCUGCUGUCGCUGACGCUGUCCAGGAUCACCAGCUCUUUCCCCCCCGCCCAGCCCGAGCAGUUCAAGAAGAAGGCCAUGGUGAUUCUGGCCAUGGCCUGCACGCUCCCCCUCUUCUUCUGCGUUAUCUACUUCGGCUAUCACCUGCUCUGGACGAACCUGGGCAGCCGCCGCCAUCACUUCAGCCCGGUCUACCAGCCCUCCCGGAUGAGCAGCCCCGGCAUGGCCGUGCCUUCGGACCCGGCGUCGGACCUAGACAGCGACAGCUCCUCGUCCUACUAG